GGCGCAUGGAACGCGGAAGCGGCGGAGGGUUUUCCUGCACUUGUCAUCUUUUGUGUUUAUGUUCUUACUGUGGAAGCUGGGGUGGUUUUAGUGGAAGUGAAGUAUGGCUCUUCCACCGCAAUUAAAAUUAAUUCAGCACCAUUUAAGAACCGCACAGGAACAUGAAAACAGAGACCCCGUCGUUGCGUAUUACUGUCGUCUUUAUGCCAUGCAGACAGGGAUGAAACUGGACAGUAAAACUCCAGAAUGUCGAAAGUUCCUUGUUAAACUCAUGGAUCAGCUGGAGAUGAUGAAGAAGGAGCUUAGUACAAAUGAAUCUAUCUCCCAGGAGAUUGUGGGUAAUGCCCACAUUGAAAACUAUGCCUUAAAGAUGUUCCUUUAUGCUGACAAUGAAGAUAGAGCUGGUCGCUUUCACAAGAACAUGAUCAAGUCUUUCUACACUGCAAGCCUUUUGCUUGAUGUGCUCUCUGUGUUUGGCGAGUUGUCAGAAGAGAACAUCCAGCACAGGAAGUAUUCUAGAUGGAAGGCGACCUAUAUUCACAACUGCCUGAAGAACGGUGAGACACCUCAAGCUGGGCCUAUUGGCAUGGAAGGGGAAGCAUAUGAUGAUGAGUUUGGUGCUGAAGGUGGCGGUCCAUCUCCGGCUUCUUUUGAUCCAGUUCAUCCGCAGCCCUCCUUCAGUGUGGGUCCAGCAGACCAAGGCCCAGCAGUCAGUCCCCCCAACUACAACAAUAUCCAGAUUCCUCCUGGCUCCCACGCUCCAGCCAACACUCCUGCAGAUCUCCCACGUCCCUCAGGAGAGGCAGUUAAACCAGUUCCAGCUUCCCGGACCAUGCCACCAGGAGAUCCCUUGCCUGUCAACAACAUCCAAGAUGGUAGUGUGCAUCUGACACCAGAAGACUUUACCCGGGCUCAGAAGUACUGUAAAUAUGCCGGUAGCGCUCUGCAGUAUGAAGACGUGGCUACCGCUGUACAGAAUCUACAAAAAGCCCUUAAACUUCUAACCACUGGCAAAGAAUGAGGGCUUUGUGUGGCCACUUUAUCGCUUAUCUGGCCCUAAUGGACUGUGCAGAGGCUUGAAUCAGAAUGAGCAGUAUCAUGACUAAUGCAUGCAAAUUACUCUUUACUUAUAUGCAGUUACAUUAAAGUCAUAAGUUGUUAGUGAGAUUGUUUAUAAUUCAUGACGAACAGAAGCUUCAUUAUUUUGAAACUUUCAUUCACUAUGCUGUCCUGUUUGUUUUGGUGAAGGGGAUUUGCAGUUAUUUUACAUAUUAACAUCAAAUGAUUCUCUUUCAUUGUUUCAUAGGAUAAUUGCAUUGGCAAUAAAUCUUUUAGUUCUGUUCACUUUUUGACUGGCAUGUUUGUGCUGCUUAUUGCUCUCAUGAGAGAAUGCAUUCAUUUGAGAGCAGUUACUGGAACAUUGGAUUAAGUUAUUAUUUAUAUGAACGAAUGAUUGAACAUAUUUCAAUUGUAUUUUCAUGCUGCUUUUCACUCCCAUGGCUUUGCAUACAUUGAGUUUAUUUAGCGUCACUAAAUCAGUGUCCUUUAGAUAUUUUCUGUUCCAUUUGAAGAGUGGUAGCAGCAGCAAUCAUUAGUAUUCUUCAGAAAAGCAAAUUAAUGAACUGAUUUGUGUUAUAUAUAGUUUGAUUUAUAUGGAUUAUUUCUACAAUUCAAUAAAUGCAAGAAAUAAAUAUGUGAAA